AUGAAUGAACGUUGUUUUCCGUGUGGUGCUCAUCUUGACUGCAGUUCUUGUGUCCGACCACUGAAAUCACCAUGCCUCAGAAUGUUUAUGUCUAUUCGUACUCUUAAAUCACUUUCUACCGAUCAAAAUGUGUGCAAUGUUUGCCGACAUUCAUACAUCAAGUGGAAAAGUGAAAAUUCAGCAUUCUCUGCAAUGCUUGAUCAUUUCGAAAAUGAUAUAGUAGUGAUCAAUGAUGAUGCGAAUAGUGAUUCGUAUGAGUUGAUGGACGUUCAGGUUCAAGCUGAUGAUUCAUCUCGUUUAACAACUGUGGAAAAUCCAACUUUGAUUACAACUACAAAUCAUCAAGAUAGAGAUUUUAUAUUUUUUUCACGUAAUAUUUGGAUACCAGAAGGGACACGAUGUUGCUCAGGCCAUUUAAUUAAUAAUCUAUUAUCGAAAGACGCUGUUGAUCAGAUUAAACCUUUCUCAAUACGAUAUCAAGAAUUAAGCUCGUCGGAUGUUCAACUUCUUUUAAGCAAAGCUCAGACUUUAUUUGAAAAUGGCAAGAAAAGAUUUAGUUUCGAUGAUCCAAGAGAUCUUAAUGAUGAUGAAUAUUGUUUACUAACUAGUCUCUCAAGAGACCACUUUACUGAUUUUGUUCAAAUCACUUCUUCAUCUAUUAUUCGCCCCUCGUGCAAUCGAUCGAUAAGAACUGCGGUCGGCAUUUUUUUAUGUAAACUUCGUCUUGGUAUUUCAAAUAGACUAUUAGCUUGCAUGUUUCAAAUAGCAGACAAACGAACAGUGUCUCGAAUUAUAAAUAGUGCGCGUCAAGCUAUUGUAAAGAGUUUUGUACCAGAUAAUUUAGGCUUUGGACAUGUUACUCGUGAAGAUGUUAUUGGUCUCCAUACCACAACAAUAGCUCGAGAACUAAUGAGCGGUGGUGACAGUACUGAUACAGCAAUAAUUAUUAUUGAUGGAACGAAUCUUUAUAUUCAGAAGUCUCGAAAUAAUGAAUUUCAAAGAACGGCUUUUAACUUAUAUAAGAAAAGAUCCUUAUUAAAGCCAAUGAUGAUUGUAACAACUACAGGUUAUAUCGUGGCUUGUAUUGGACCGUUCAUGUCUGAUUUUAACAACAACGACGCUGCGAUAAUGAAAGAUAUUUUACUUCGCAAUACCGAUCACAUUUUAAGUUGGCUAAAAGAACAUGACACACUGGUGGUUGAUAGAGGGCUUAGAGACUCUAUCGGUGUUAUGAAAGCUCUUGUGUUGGAGGCUACUAUGACAUCAUUUCUUGAUGGUAGACGUCAAUUUUCAGUCGAAGAAGCUAACGAAUCAAGAUGCGUCACAAAAAUACGCUGGAUCGUGGAAACCGCUAACCGUCGACUCAAACAAUUUAAGUACUUUGCGAAUACCAUUCAAAACUCGUCCCUAGUGUACUUAGAGUCUGAUAUGUCAAUUGCUUGCACUCUCAUCAAUCAUUAUCAAUCACCUAUGACAAGAUCUAAACUGGAAGAUGAAGAGAUAGGUGUACAAAUAAUGCAAUUACGGCAACAAAAAUAUCAAAUUCAGCUCCUCUUAGAAGAAAAUAAUCUAAUCAAGCGGUUUCCUCUAUGGGAAAUAAUUAAUCAUACCGAAAUCAUAGAUGGUUUUCCUAUUAUGACACAAGACGAUCUAGGAGAUCUUACUUUUGGUAAUAAAUCUUCAUUUAAUUUCUCACAACUAUCUAUUUUUAUAGGUGUUUUUCAAUUGAAACGAGCACGUUCUUAUGCUGAGGAGCGCUGCUCAACUACCAAUCUAACCAGUGACAUAGCUUACAGUGUACACCAAUGUAAAAUUAUUCCAAAUUUGAUUCGUAUUCCUACUCAAUCCGCACAUAGUAAUCGAGUUACAUAUCAUCCAACAAUCCACUUUACUGAUCAAGCAAUUCUAGGUUGGUGGUGCGAUUGCUUCACUAGUGCACGAUUUCUCAGCUGUUGCAGUUAUAUAGCUUCAGCCAUUUGGUUUCUUUCCCAUCAACGAUGGCAAACACAACAGUAUCAUAUGCCAUUGGGCGAAUACAAAAACUUAGCUACAGAUUUGAUGCAAGUCUCAGAUUUCUAUGAUCCGUCUGAUGAUGAUGACUCACAACGAUACACGUUAACAUAA